AAAAAGACACGAAUCACCAUCGGUGUCUCGUGGGAGCCGCGUUUCAUUGUCCCGGCCGCCUGGGCCUUCCCACUGCACCUUUCCCCCAACCUUCCCUGCCAUGCCUUCUUGAGUUACGCGUUCUGAACUUGGGAGCUUCUCGCGAAAAAUCGAGACACCAAAACCAAAACGAAAAUUCUUCCCCAGCCCUGCCAUUCACCACACCACCACAAACAUGUCGUCGGAAAUCAUGGACGCCUACUGGGCGGCGCCACCAAUGGCCCGCACGCUAGCGACCGCGAUUGUCGUCAUGUCGAUCCCGGUGCACUUCCAGAUGGUGUCGUACGUGUGGUUCUACUUCACCGAGGAUAGGCUCUUGCGCUUCCCGCCUGAGAUAUGGCGUCUCGCUACGUGCUUCUUCCUCAGCGGUCCGAAGCUCGGCAUCAUCAUGGACCCCUACUUCGCCUACCAGUACCUGAAGCAGCUGGAGAUCGCGAACUCCAAAUUCCCCAGGAAGGAGGACGUCCUCUGGUAUUUGAUGACCGUCGGCAGCUUCAUCAUACUGCUCAACCGAGUUUUCCUGGGAGGCGGCUUCUUCCUCGAUGGACUUCUCAUGGCCUUGGCCUACACGGCUAGCCAGGACCAGCGCGGUGCACAAACGAACUUUUUCUUCUUCACCGUGCCGGCACAGACGGUCCCGUAUUGCAUGCUCCUGGCGUCGCUGCUUAUGAACCCGAUGGCGAUUCCCCUCCAGAUCACAGGCAUCGUAGCGGCCCAUCUCCACGACUUCCUCUUCCGCCUGUGGCCGGAGUUUGGAGGCGGUAGAAAUAUCUUGUCGACGCCCAACUUCGUCUCGUACUUGGUUAGGACUCCCAGAGUCAUGCAGCGCGACUACGGCACGGCCAUCCGCCAGGCCCCCGCCGCGGCCUCGGGCAGCAGCACGGGGGCCUCGACGGGCUCGGUGCUCCCCGACUCGUGGAAGACGAGGGGCAGCGGACAACGCCUGGGCGGCAACUGAAAGGAGACUGCAGGCUCGUGUAUAACAGAAUGUAAUCACAUGUUAAUAUUACCACGCAUGGAUUUGCCA